UCAAAAACAAUUGAAGUGAUUUUAUAAAAGCUAUGAGAUAUUUGAUAAAAACCAUCAAAUUUGUUGAACCACUUAUAAGACAAACUAAUUACAAAAUUUGUUUUAAAAUCAAAGCAAAUGAAUUAAACUCAAGGAAUAUAUAUAUGUCUGCAAAACAAUUUAAAAAUGAGUCAAAAGAUAACGAAAGAGAUUUGAAAGAUUUGGUUGAUAUCGAACAGAGAGUUAAAAAGAUAAUGUCUGAAUAUGUAGAUCCGUCCUCACCAUUCAUUGGACUCAUUGAGAGAUGGACUUCAAAACCAUGGCUUAAGUUGUUUGGUGAUAAAGUCAAGACAAUUAAAGUCAAAAAAAUUACAAAAGGAGAUUAUAGUCCAAUGGAGGACAGUAUGUUUAGACUGGCAUUUGAUUUAACCGGUUAUAAACCUAAAGAUAUCCGUAUCAUUAUAUCGGAUACUAAACUAUAUAUUGAGGCCAAAAAAGAGGAGGAAAGCACUGAAGGAUCCAAAGCGUGGCGCGAAUUCUCAUAUGAAAGCAAAAUCAGUYCUAAUGUCGACAGAGACCAGAUUAAUGCCACUCUCGACUCAGGAGGACUUCUUGUCAUUGAAGGACACGUUCCAAGAAGUCAAGAAACAACCGAAAGAAAAAAAUCUAAAUAA